AAAAAAACACACACACAAACACACACACACACACACACACAAAAACAUAAAAAACACACGCACAGACCCACACACAAACACACACACACAAACAUAAAAAAACACACGCACAGACACACACACAAACACACACACACAAACAUAAAAAAACACGCACAGACACACACACACACACACACAAACAUAAAAAAACACACGCACACACACACACACACACACACACAUACACAAAAAUAAAACACACUCACAGACACACACAUACACAUUUUUUGGACAAUUAAAUCAGAUUAAUUUCUUAUAUAAUAUCUCAAAUCUGUUCUGUUAGGGUUGAUUGAACAACUUCUCAAGUUUCACAAACACCUGUUUAUUCUCUAGCUUCAGUAUCCUGGAGCAUCAGGAUCUGUGUGUGUUUCACGGGACUCUGAUCGAGAUCAUGUCGGCUCCUGACACGAGGAACACAGCGGUGCGUCGCAGCAGAGGACGGACAGAGAGCCAGCGUCCGGCAGAGAACGGCUCCAUCAGACAGAAUGAUCAUCACACAGAUAUCAGCAGUACAACACUUGGACAUGAAGACAUGGAGAGGAUGAAGGUGGAGUUGAUCCGACACGUUCAGUCUCGUCUGAACGAGCUUCUGGAGCGAGCGAUCUCAGACUCCAUGCAGGCGCUCUGCAGAAACACACACACACACACGGAUCAAACACACACCCACGACAGACACAAACCGGACCAGGGGAAGGUGUUUGUGGCCCGAUGCUCGCUGCUGGAUGAGCUGUUCGAGAUCAGUCACAUCAGGACCAUCUAUCACAUGUUCAUCGCCGCUCUCUUGCUGUUCAUCAUCAGCACCUUAGCAGUGGACUACAUCGACCAGGGCAGGCUGGUUCUGGACUUUGAUCUCUUUUAUUACGCGUUCGGUCAGCUGGGGACGGUCGUAUGGGCCUGGACGCUCAUGUUGUCGUACACUCUGCUCGGGCCGUAUUAUAUUCUGAACGUCUGGGCUUCACUGAAGCACCGGCGCGGCUGGAGGACGUGUGUGUCUGCGGUGACCGCUCUAACACUGUGUGCUGCUCAGACAGGGAUGCUGGGAAUAUUCCCCGUCUACAUCGUCCUGCAUUACCAGCUGCCUCCAGCGUCACGAUUCAUCAUCAUAUUAGAGCAGAUCAGAUUUGUGAUGAAGAGCUACUCCUUUAUCCGUGAAACGACUCCAGCGGUUCUCAAAAACACACCGCAGAAGGGUGCAUCUCUGUCAUAUCCAUCUCUCUCCAGUUAUCUGUACUUCCUGUUCUGUCCGACUCUGAUCUAUCGGGAGGUCUAUCCGCGAAACCCGUCCAUCAGGUGGAACUACGUUGGCAUGAACUUUCUGAAGAUCUUGGCCAGUCUGUUCUAUCUGUACUUCAUCUUGGUGCGCUUGUGCAUCCCUGUGUUCAGAAACAAGAGCAAUCAGCCCUUCAGCACCCGGACAUUCAUCCUGGCGCUCUUCCACGCCGCGUUUCCAGGGAUGCUCAUGUUAAUGUUGGGUUUCUACGCAUUUCUGCACUGUUGGCUCAAUGCUUUCGCUGAGAUGCUGCGUUUCGCUGACCGCAUGUUUUACAGAGACUGGUGGAACUCGACGUCCUUCGCUAAUUACUAUCGCACUUGGAACAUCGUGGUACACGACUGGCUUUAUUACUACGGCUACAGAGACUUCCUCUGGCUGACGGGUCAUAGGCUCCGAUCGGUCGCCACGCUGUCUGUUUUUGCUGUUUCUGCAUUAGUCCAUGAAUACGCCUUCACCUUAGGCUUCGGAUUCUUCUACCCGGUGAUGUUCUGCACGUUCGCCGGCAUCGGUGUGGUGUUCAACUUCGCCAUGAAUGACAAGCGGAAGAGUCCGGUGUGGAACAUCAUCAUGUGGACGUGUCUGUUCAUCGGUCAGGGCAUCCAUGUGUGUCUGUACUGUGUGGAGUGGUACGCACAGAUCCAGUGCCCACGCACCGGGACGAGCUUCUGGGAGCUAGUGACGCCGCGCUCCUGGACCUGCAGCUACCAGUGACUUCUGCAGAGAAGCUUCAGUAUCUGCUGCUGCUCAGGGACACAACACACUUCAUGACUUCAUGAAGCACAUCAGCCUCUCUGUAAAUGCCUCUUACUUUAAUUGAACGUUGAUUUUAACUUGAUGACUGUAUAUAUUUUAAUUUAUGUAAAGAUGCACAUUAUUAAAAACUAUAAAUGCUU